ACGACGUCAGCAUAAAUAGGAAGCGUGAGAGGCUCUCUGCCGCCUGGAGACUCCAGCAGAAGGCUGGGCUGUCUCACCACGGAGAGGCCUAAGGAGCAGAGUCCUGGAAGGAGGAACCACAAGAGCCGAUAACAUGGGUCUGGCCUGGCUCCCAGCCAGGGAGGGACACAAGAUUCCAGGGCAGUGAGGACCCCGGACCCUACCCAGACCUGGACCCACCUGUGCCGGCGCCCUGCUCAUCCAGAGUUGACCCCAAAGAUGACGCUGACCCAGAGGCUGCUCCCCAUCGCUCUGCUGGUUCUGUGCUGGGGGCUCAGUGUGGCAGGGGCCCAAGGGACCAUCCCGCUGCAGACCCUGAGCUGCCAUAACGACUACACCAGCCGCAUCGUCUGCAGCUGGGCGGACACCCGGGACGCCCAGCGGCUCAUCAACGUGACUCUCCACCGCAGGCUGAACGAGGACCCCCUGCAAAAAGUGGCCUGCCAUCUCAGUGAUGACAUGCCUUGGACAGACCGCAUUUGUCCCGGCUGUGUGCCCAGAAGAUGCGUCAUUCCCUACAAGCUUUUCGUCCUUGCUGACAGAGACUACUUCUCAUUCCAACCAGACAGGCCUCUGCGCGCCGAGCUCACCGUCACUCUGACCCAGCACGUGCAGCCCCCCGCCCCCGAGGACCUCCAGGUCACUGCUGCUGGGGACCAUUUCCUGCUGACCUGGAGAGUGGCCCUUGUGGCGUCCCAGAGCCACUGGCUGUCCAACCUGGAGUUCGAGGUGGUCUACAGGCAACUUCAGGACUCCUGGGAGGACGCCCCCACCCUCCUCUCCAACUCCUCCCAGGCUGUCCUGGGGCCAGAGCACCUCCUGCCCAGCAGCACCUAUGUGGCCCGAGUGCGCACCCGGCUGGCUCCAGGCUCGGGGCUCUCGGGACGGCCCAGCCAGUGGAGCCCGGAGGUUCGCUGGGACUCCCAGCCAGGGGAUGAGGCUCAGCCCCGGAACCUCCAGUGCUCCUUCGACGGGGCCACUGUGCUCAGCUGCUCCUGGGAGGUGAGGUCCGAGGUGACCAGCUCAGUCUCCUUCACCCUCUUCUACAAGUCCAGCCCCAGUGCAGGUGCCCACGUCCUGAGCCCCCAGCCUUCCCUCCCCCAGAUGCUAAGGCUCCUUUUCCUUCCUUCCUGCCCGGAAGUGCUGCCCAUGUGGGUCCUGGCGCUCAUCCUGGUCUUCGCCACCCUAAUCUUGCUCCUAGCCCUGCGCUGCUGUGGCAUCUACGGGUACAGGCUGAACCGGAAGUGGGAGGAGAAAAUCCCCAACCCCAGCAAGAGCCACCUGUUCCAGAACGGGAGCGCCGGGCUGCGGCUCCCAGACAGCGUUUGGGCCCUCACCAGCAGGAGCCCCCCAUACCAGGGGCCGUGGGGCAGCCACUUCCCUGAGCUGGAGGGGGUGUUCCCUGUAGACUGCGGGCACAGCGAGGUGUCACCUCUCACCACAAAGGACCCUAAAGAUGCCCGGGACUCACCAUCUGAACCUGACACGACUCCGGCCUCCUCGGACCUGCCCACCGAGCGGCCCCCCAACCCCCAGCCGGGCCUCUCGGCCCCCUCAGGCUGGCCUGAGAGCCUGGUCUCUGGCUUCGACUUCAAUGGCCCCUACCUGGGGCCGCCCCACAGCCGCUCCCUGCCUGACGUGGUGGGCCCGCUGGCGCCCCCGCAGAUGGGCAUGAGCCAGAAACCACCACCUCCGGGGUCCCUGGAGUACCUGUGUCUGCCCCCGGGGGGACAGGUGCAGCUGGUCCCGCUGUCCCAGGCGAUGGCACAGGGCCAGGCCAGGGAUUUGGAGAAGAAGCCCAGCCCAGGGGCUGAGGAGAGCCCCUCCCUGGAGACAGGGGAAGGCCCUGCCCCUCCUGCACCAGGGCUGGUGGUGGGCGCUCAGGACUCAAAGGGCAGCCCCACAGCUCUGCCUGCAGGCUCUGGGGGCCCUGAGGACAGCGGCGUGGCCUCUGGUUAUGUCACCACUGCAGAGCUGGCCCUCGUCCCGCCCACAGGGGCCGCCUCUGUCUCCCAGGCUCCGCCUCUGGUGCUCCCCUCAGACCAGGACCACAGCCUCUGUCCUGGACUGGCCGGUGGGCCCCCUGGGGCCCCGGCCCCCAUGAAGCUAGAGUUUGAGGGCUAUGUGGAGCUCCCUCCCACCACAGGUCAUUCCCCCAAGUCCCCACUGGUCAGUCCUGCUCCUCCUGCAGCCUGCAGCCCCAUCCUGAGCCCAGGGGAGCCUCGGGCAGAUGCGGCCCCGGCCUCCCCCCACCCCGAGGGGCUCCUGGUCCUGCAGCAGGUCGGUGACUAUUGCUUCCUCCCUGGCGUGGGGUCUGGCCCUGUCUCACCCCAGAGUAAGCCCUCUUCCCCAGGACCCUGUCCUGAGAUUGGGGACCUCAACCAGGCGCUCCUGCCCAAGAAGCCCCCGUCCCAGAAGCCCCGGUCCCAGGCCAUUCCCCAGGUGCCAGCUAUUCAGCUCUUCAAAGCCCUGAAGCAGCAGGACUACCUGUCGCUGCCCACUUGGGAUGUCACCAGGCCUGGGGAGGUGUGCUGAGACCCUUAGACCCCGGGGGGUGCGAGUGGAAGGAGAGGGUCUGCUUUCCCUCCGCUCUGCCCUUCUCUCCCCCCAGCCCCUGGUCCCUUCCACAGUCAUCUCUGCAAAGCCAAGGAGAGGCUUCCAUGUUGGAGCAGAUGGAGACUGGGAAAAAGAGUCCACCACCGCCUUCUCUCUCGACCCUCAGCAAAUCACUUCUCUCCUCUCUCUCUCUCUGUCUCACAGACACACACACACACACACACACACACACACACACUUUUCUUUUGAGUUACCUUAAUUUUAGGUUCUGAAUUAAUAGAACAUUCCAUACAUACUCAUUC